AUGUGUACUCAUAAACUCCAGGGUGGACUGGGUUUUAGGAAUCUGAAAAAGAUGAACUUAGCCCUUCUUACAAAAACAUCUUGGCUACUUAUACAUUCUCCUAAUGAUAUGUGGGUCCAAAUUCUUAGGUGUAAGUACUUUAAGAACUAUCAUCCUCUCCAUUACAAGAAACCCUGGUCUAUGUCUUGGGCUUGGUCUAGCAUUUUUAAUGGUCUUGAUAUCCUAAAACAGCAUGCUCAUUGGGACAUCAAAGAUGGUAGUACAGUUAAUGCUUUUUCAGAAAAAUGGAUUCAAAACUCUUCCCAACCUUUGUGUGUUAGUUACCCAAACCCGAACUACAAAGUUGCUGAGUUUAUCAACCAUGAGUCUAAAAAUUGUAAGACAGAGCUAAUAGAGUCCUUAUUCACUAGUGAAAACAAUAUGAAAAUUUGCAGUAUGAGAAUUCCAACUUCUGGUAGUGACACUUUAAUCUGGAAUUACAAUAAAAAUGGUAUCCUAACUGUCAAAUAUGUUUAUAAACUGCUAGAUAAUGAACUGCCUCAUAAUUCUAGUCCCAACCCUGAUUUUGAUACUCAUAAGGCUCUUUGGAAAUCUCAAAUCUUGCCUAGAACACGAUUGUUCAUUUGGAAAAUUUUUGAGAAUAUUUUACCUGCAGGUCACAAAUUAGCUAGACUCAAUCACAAUCAUGAUGAAAGGUGCAAAUCUUGUAACUCUGGUGCUUCUGAAACCAUUGAACAUAUGCUAUUUCACUGUUCUUUUGCUAAAAAUGUCUGGUCAAAUAUUCUUGUUGUUAGUCACUCUGUUUUGCAGGAUUCUGAUUCCAAUAUCAGUAUUAAGAACUGGAUUUCUAAGUGGCUUGUUACCAAAACUCUGCAAGAUAAAUCAGUUAAUGUUCUAACUACUGCCUGGUGUAUAUGGAAAUACAGUUGCUCAAAAUUGUUUGAUAACAAACACUUAAAUUCUCAGAUUACAGCUAGAAAUGCCUUAAGGAUUGUGGAUGAAACUAUCAAUGCACUUACCCCCGUUCCUGUGCCAAAUAUCACCAAUGUGGCUAUUGUUAAUGAUUCUAGUUUUCUUGACUCUGUUUCACAGAAUUGUCUUCUUAUCUACUGUGAUGCUUCUUUUGACAAUAAUUCUAAUGACUCUGGUGUUGGCAUUGUGGCUAUAAAUUCUUCAGGUGAAUUCAAGGGUUGCAAACUAGUCUCAGAAAUGAGCUCAUGUUCUGAAGCAGAUGAAAGUGCAGCAAUUCUGGAGGCUGCAAGUUGGAUUAAGAAGAAUAACUUUUAG